AUGAGCGUGCGCAAGGCGCAUAACUCCGGCCGAAACCACCUGAGAAACGUGGUGGACUAUUACCAACAGAUUGGUCAAGAAAAGGCCCAGUCCGUCAUCGACUCCAUUACCUCCUCCUACGCCGCAGAGGGCCAACAAGCCCCCAACAUGAUGCCCCCCGGUGCUUUCCCGCCUCCCUUCGGAUUCCCGGGCAUGCCAGGCAUGCCCCCUCCCCCCUUCGGCAUCCCUCCACCAGGCGCCCCCGGUGCCCCAGGCAUGCUACCUCGUAUGUCCCACCCAUUUCCAACUCCACCCCCUCCCCUCAAGAAGCAGAGACAAGCAUAUCCAACCUACACCGGACCAAACCAAACUAAUCAAUAUCCCCACCCAACAGCCCCAGGAGCCCACGGCCUCCCCUUCCCACCUCCCUUCCCUGGCGCCGCCGGAACCCCGCCAACAGGCGGCUUCCCCCCGCCUCUCCCCAACAUGCCCCAGGGCGCAAACCUGCCAAUCCCGCCCCCAGGUGGCUUCCCCAACUUCCCCAUCCCUCCGCCCGGCGCUGCGGGCUUCCCGCCUAUGCCUGGUCAGCCCGGUAUGGGGCCUGGUGGUCCGUCGCAGAUUCCUACUGGCCCCCGUGGCUUGGAGGGGUAUCCUCCUCCCCCUGGAGGUGGGCCCCCCGGUGGGAUGGAUCAACGGUGGUGA